UCAGGCAUUACAAAUGGUGACUGCUUCGAUCGAUAUCAGCAAACGUGACGUAAAUGUAUCUGUCAGGGUGGAUACCAAAUAUUUACCCAUGUAAAAAUGUCCGGUAAAGUGUUAUGAACUCAAAAAAAACUAUCGAAAAUAUCAAAUUCGUGAAACUGUGAUUACAGACAUGUUUUUGUGUUAAAUGUGCAAGAUUCACGCAGGGGGGCUGUCUUUCAUGGUACGGCUGAAUGGUCUUGAUAAUGAAUAAUUCAAACGGGAAUCAAAACUCUGAUCAGAUUGCCAUGGUCGUUGGUUCACCAAGCGGAAUGUCGGUGGCUUCCGACGAUGACGACAACUGUCCGUCAUCUCCAGGCUCUGGUUAUGAAGACGGAGGGGACCUCAUGACGGCUGCCAUGGGUGAUGAAGUCACCGCACAACUGGCUGCCGCCGGUCCUGUGGGUGUGGCAGCAGCAGCUGCUAUAGUAUCUUCAAAGAAAAGAAAACGACCUCACUCAUUCGAAACAAAUCCUUCAAUACGUAAGAGGCAACAAAAUAGGUUAUUGCGAAAACUUAGGCAAACAAUUGACGAGUUUGCGACGAGAGUAGGUCAACAAGCGAUAGUAUUAGUAGCUACCCCAGGAAAACCAAACACUAGUUAUAAAGUAUUUGGCGCCAAACCCCUCGAAGACGUCAUCAAAAACCUUAAAGGUAUGAUUAUGGAGGAAUUGGAAAAUGCUCUCGCUCACCAGGCACCGCCACCCAUACAGGAGGACCCGACGCUGUUUGAACUACCCCCGUUAAUCAUCGACGGCAUUCCGACGCCGGUUGAAAAAAUGACGCAGGCACAAUUGAGAGCGUUCAUACCGCUGAUGCUGAAGUAUUCGACAGGCAGAGGCAAGCCUGGAUGGGGCAGGGAGUCUACAAGGCCUCCUUGGUGGCCAAAGGAGCUACCAUGGGCCAAUGUGAGGAUGGAUGCAAGAAGCGAAGAUGAGAAACAGAAGAUCUCCUGGACCCACGCUCUGAGGCAAAUUGUCAUAAACUGUUACAAAUUCCAUGGAAGGGAAGAUCUAUUGCCUGCUUUCACGGAAGAAGACGAAAAAGCGAACGCAGCUGCAACUGCAAACGCAAAUGUCAGUACAGCAGUAGGAGUAUUAAAAAUGCAUUCCUCGGGCAUGGUGCCCACACAUAAAAUUCAGAUCCAAGCUAAUGGGUCCCCCCAAAUAAUAUCCACAUCUCCUGAUGGCCUCUCUGGGUCGUCAACGCAGUUACAGUCUACACAGGGAGACGGUAGUCAAGUUCACGCAAUUCAAACGAUAACAGAAGGAGGACAGCCUGGUGAGGUUGUGGACCUGAAUUCUGUUACAGAAGCAACUUUGAAUUCAGAGGGACAGAUCAUAUUGACUGCUGAGGAUGGACACGUGAGCGGUGUCAUCACUGUACCAGUCACGGCAUCAAUGUACCAAACUAUGGUGGCGAAUAUCCAGCACCUACACACAAACAGCGAUGGGACCGUUUGUGUCACACCUGUUGUCCAAGUUCCAAAGGUUGAACCCAACUCAGGAGAUAGCAUGGACACGCUGACUGUUACUCCUAGCGGCCUGACGACUCAUUCGAUGAUGAUCCAAAGUUCAGGGGGUGAUGCCCCACAAGUCUUACAGGUCCUGUCUUUGAAAGACGCUACGGUUCUGACAAAAGCGAUGCAAGGAAUCACUGAAGUCAAAGCAGAAGAUAAAAAACAUAGA